CAAUUUACACGCAACCGAGAACUUUCUUGACCCCGCGCGCGCGUGACUCGCACGCCCCCCCCUCAACCUCCAAACCCUCUCCGAAGAAACCCCCGCAUAUUCCCUCUUCAACCGACAAAAACCCUCGAAAUCAAUGGCGGAGCCGUCGCUCUUCGCGAAUUUCCCCCAAUUCGAGCCCUCCGAUUUCUCCCUCAACGACCCCAAUCUCUUCGCUGCCGACGAUCAGGUAGGGAUCACCUCCGAUCUCGAUCUCGACGGUUUCGACCUCGAUUUCUCCGUCGAAGAUCUCCUUCUUCCUUCAUCCGACGACAAUGAAGAGGGAUCGAAUUCGAAGUCCAACUCCAAUUCGAAUGUUACCAGUGAUUCCAGUCCCGAUUCAGGUUCGAAUCCGGGAUCGCCGGAAUCCGGCAACUCCUCGGCGGCGUCGGGCGUUAUCGUCAACCAGGAAGUGAAGCAGGAGGAUGAAGAGAAUUUGAGGCUGAAAAGGAAAUUAGAUGAUGACGAUAGAGUUGAAAACACUAGCCCUAACCCUGGCCCUAAUUGUAAACCUAGCAGUAGAAGUCUUAAGAUCCGGCGAUCUGAUGAGGUGAGCUCGCCGUCGCCGUCUUCUUUCAGUGCGGGGACCGACGAGGACGAGAAGAGGAAGGCGAGGUUGAUGAGGAACAGAGAGAGCGCGCAGCUGUCGAGGCAGAGGAAGAAGCACUACGUGGAGGAGUUAGAGGAGAAGGUGAAGAUUAUGAAUUCUACAAUUGCUGAUUUGAAUGGGAAGAUCUCUUUUUUUAUGGCGGAGAACGCGAGAUUGCACCAGCAGUUGAAUGGGAAUGGAGGAGGAAAUGGUGGUAUUGGGAAUGGUAAUGGUAAUCCUCCUCCUGCUGUUUAUCCACCGACGGUUCCUCCACCGUAUCAUUUUCCGUGGAUUCCUUAUCCUGGGUAUGGGAUGAGGCCCAAUGGUCCUCCAGUUCCUUACGUCCCGAUACCGAGGUUGAAGCCUCAGCAGCCUGCUUCAGCUCCCAGGGCAAAGAAAACCGAGAGCAAGAAGGGAGACAAGACCAAGAAGGUUGCAAGUGUCAGCCUGCUCGGGCUGUUAUUUAUUAUGAUGGUAUUUGGGGGCGUCUUCAAUUUUGGAUUAGAAGGGAGUAGGGAUAAGGUUUAUGGCGGAGUAAGUGGCAGUAAUGGUAGGGUUUUGAGUGUUAAAGGGCGCGGAAGCAGUUUGAAUAAUACUGAGGAAUUUAGACGGUCUAUAGGAAAGAUGAAUCAGAAGGAAAUGGAAGGAUCAGGAGCGAAGCAUAAUUCUAGUGAGAGUCUGCCUGCAUUACUUUAUGUACCAAGAAAUGGGAAGCAUGUGGAGAUUAAUGGUAAUUUGAUAAUACAUUCAGUCCUUGCCAGCGAAAGGUCCAUGGCGCAAGCAAAAUCUAGAGAGCAAGGAAAGGAAUCAUCAGGGAAAGAAGGCACUAGUUUGGUGAUCCCAGGUAAUGUGGCUUCUGCAUUGGCUGUUCGUAAAGGUCCAGUGGAUGUGGGGAGGCAUUCUGAGAGAUAUAGGAACUCUGCUGAACGGCAAAGAGCUCUUGCUUCAGAUUCUUAUGAUGCAUACAGAGACAACAUGAAAUCAACUCUAGCUGACGGGCCGCUUCAGCAAUGGUUCCGUGAAGGAUUAGCAGGUCCAAUAUUAAGUUCGGGCACAUGCACUGAAGUGUUCCAGUUUGAAGUCUCACCAUCUACCAUCGUUCCGGCAACACCAGUGGCUAAUACAACUGAUAAGCUUCCCACGGGCAAAAUAAAAAACCGAAGGAUACUCUAUGGUCAGUCAAUUCCAUUAAAUGGAUCAAGUCUAAAUGAGACGGAGCACUUUGGGAAAGCAACAGAGAGCAGCAAAACCUUCAAUGGUAACAACUCAGCGACCUCCAUGGUCGUCUCAGUUAUGGCUGAUCCAAGAGAAGCCGGUGAUGGAGAUGGUGAUGGAAUGAUCAGACCAAAAUCACUUUCUCGUAUAUUUGUUGUGGUCCUCAUGGACAGCGUCAAGUAUGUUACUUAUUCUUGCAUGCUUCCGUUGAAAACCCAUGGCCCUCAUCUAGUAAACUAACUUCUGUAAGGCGCACAGAGAGCUCUUUUUUUUUGGAACUUGUUGUAUUAGAACAAAGUGCUUUCUUAUAGUUAAAGUUGACUUAAUCAGAUACGUACAUAAGGGUACUGAAGCAGCUGAAACUUUUUUGAGGCCCCGAGUACGAGGAAAACGGUACCAGCCAUGGCCCGAAGGGAGCCACUCUUCGCGCCUCAGCACCAUCUAUAAGUCCGGUGAUUGUUCGGCACAGUAUUCUAUUCAUUGAUAUAAAAUCACUCCGUUGCGACAAGGCUGUGUCGAUUUUUGGCCGGUAUACAUGUACUUAUACGGUGGUAGGGUUAUCUGUUGGUGGUUCAUCUUUUGUGGUGCGUCAGUUUGUGUUGGGGGGAUCUUGUGCUUGUCUAAGAUUCCGGCCGCAUAUAGUUGUGAUGACAAUAAAAAGUGGCACGCGUCU